AUGGAAAAAGAAAACGAAUUUUCAUUUCCUUGGGCUCGUAUUGGACAUUUCGAAGCUGAUUUUAUCACUGAAAAUAAUCAAAAAGUUAAAUAUUGGGUGGAAUUGACAAGAGCAUAUAUCAAGUUAGUUUUGAAAUUAUUUUUUUGUUAUAUCUGGAAUUUUCAGAGAUUUUGAAUUGAUUUCUGCAAGUCGGAGGCCAAAAGAAGAAAUUGAAGAAGUUGAAGAAAAAAUUGAUGAAAUGAGUUUGGAAAAUCGUGAAUGUUAGUUGUUUUUACAUAUCAAAAUUUUGUAAUUGUAUGUUUGAAUUUUCAGCAACAAGUCAAGAAGCAUUUGAAUGCACAAAAUCUUUAAAAUCUCCGAAAAAGUCUUAUAAAAAAGGCAAGAAAAAUGCUCGAAUAACAACGGCAGAUUAUCGAAGUUUUAAUGAAUAUUGGGAAGUUGCCGGAACAUUUCUGAUUUAUUCGACUUGGUUUGCUGAUUUCAAACAUGAAAUGGAUGAAAAUAAUCAGAAAAUAAUGAAAAGACAAAUUGAAGAUGCUGAUCCGAUUUAUCUAAUCGAUCAACACAUUGAUUUUUUAGUAAGUUAAAAUUAAAAGAUUUUGAGUUUUGAAUAAAAUAUGAAUUUUUGAGGAAAACGAAAGAUAUCGAAACGUGACCAAAGAGUUUGUUGAACAGAAUCCAGAUGUUACAUUCGAUAAACUCUUUGAAAAGCAUAGUGCAGAAAUUUUGAAAUUAUCAAGAUCUGAUUUCGAGAAAUUUCGAACGGAAACAGUAACAAGAAGAGCGAAAACGCUGAUAGGAAAGGUUUGUUUGAUUUUACAUCAAAGGAAUUAUCAUUAAAAUUAUGUCACUUUCCAGAUAGAACGGCUUGGUUUUGUACCUGGAUAUACAGAAAAUUCAUUUCCAACUUCUGUUAAGAAUUCUGAAUCUAAAGGAGAAUGUGUAUUUGAUGAUUUGGUUUAUUCGAUUGAUGAUAAUUUUUCGAGACCACAACAUAAUUAUGCAAAAGAAGAAGUUAUAAAAAAAGAAAAUGAUGAAAAGAAAGAUAUUAUUGAGAAUAUAUCAAUGGAAAAUGGAGAAAUAAACUUCAAUUUUGAUCCUGAAAAAGAAGCAUAUCUUAUUGCUUCAAAUGCUAAAGAAUUAUAUGCCAAUGACGAUGAAAUUAUCAAAUAUUUUUAUCAAAGAUAUCGACUUUUUUCGAAAUUAGAUCAAGGAAUCAUUAUGGAUAGAGGUAUGUUUUGUUUGAGAAUAUGAAUAUUUCGUUUUUUUUCCAGAAGGUUGGUUUUCUGUUACACCUGAAAGAAUUGCACAACAUAUUGCCGAAAGAGUUGUUAUAAAUGGUGUUAAUAUUGUUGUUGAUGCAUUCACUGGAGUUGGAGGAAAUGCCAUUCAAUUUGCUCUGAAAGGCGCAUAUGGUAAGCUUUUUUCGGAUAAGAAUUGUUGAGGAAUUUUAUCAAAAUGAUUUUUAUUUUUAAACAAUAGUCCACGUGAAAUAUCAUUUUUCAUAUGGAAAAACAAUUUUGUUUUGUUUUAGUGAUUGCAAUUGAUCUGGAUCCAGUUCGUUUGAAGUGUGCUCGGCAUAAUGCUCGUGUUUAUGGUGUCGAAGAUUAUAUUUCAUUUAUUUGUGCUGAUUUUUUCCAUGUUGCUGCAACUUGGGCGAAUGAUAAAUUGAAUGCGCCAAAAAUUGAUGCCGUUUUUCUGAGUCCGCCUUGGGGAGGACCAUCUUAUUUGAAUUCGGCAGAAUUUGAUUUGGCUGAAGGAUGUUGUCCAGAUGGAAUUGAGAUUUUCAAUGCUUCAAUCAAAUUAUCCAAAAAUAUCGCAUAUUUUCUGCCGAGAACUACUAAAAUUAGUCAGGUAAUCAUUUUUAUUACUAAAAAUAACAUUAUGAUUAAAAAAAAUAAUAUUUAAGUUGGUCAAUUUGUCACAUCAAAUAGAUGGAAAAUGUGAAAUUGAACAAUCUUCUUUAAAUUCAAAAAUCAAAACAAUUACUGCUUAUUAUGGUGAUUUGGCCGCAUGA